UCAGAACUUCAAACUUGUCCCUUCUGCUGAAGUCGCAUGCAUCUUCCCCCUGCCCUUCAGCACAAACGUACCUUUUGGAAGGUUCUGCCACAACAAAUUGCAUCUGAGCGAUACAAUCCAAGGGUUUUUCAUUCAGGUCUGCUUUCUCGUCCGUACGCUCAAUCCAAGCUUUUCUUGAGCUGAGUGGAGGGAGAGAGUUUUCUUGUUCUGAAGCUGAGUAGAGCUACAUCAUUCGUUGCAAUCGCAGUUGCGGUGCUUCAUUGCUUUGUGCGCUUAUGGCGCAGCUUGACGUCAAUCGCAUUCAGAAAGAGCUGGUUGAGAUAGAGAGGGACAAGAAUUCGGGCGUCAGCGUCACGAUAAUUGGUGGCCAGCUCAGCCGGUUGACAGGCACCAUAAAAGGCCCCAUUGGUACACCAUACGAGGGGGGAAUCUUUGUUGUUGACAUCACCUUAACAAAGUCAUAUCCUUUUGAGCCCCCAAAGAUGACAUUCAAAACCAAAGUGUGGCAUCCGAACGUGAGCAGCGCAAACGGGGCGAUCUGCCUGGACAUUUUGAAGGACCAGUGGAGCCCCGCCCUCACCUUGAAGACCGCCCUCCUCUCCCUGCAAGCCCUCCUCUCGACCCCAGAGCCCGAUGACCCGCAGGACGCUGUCGUUGCACAACAGUACCUUCGGAACUACCAGGACUAUGUCACGACCGCUCGAAACUGGACGAACGCUUUUGCCACCGGGGAUCGGGGACUGCAGGAAAAGGUGGCGAAGUUGGUGGAAAUGGGCAUACCAGCGGAGGCGGCCCAAGCGGCCCUCGAAAAGGCCGGAGGGGACGAGAAUGCGGCCCUCGAGGUGCUCUUCAGCAGUUGACAUAUGCUUGGCGACAGGGUCGAAGUCUGUAUAAAACCAUCUAAAUCGGAGAGUCUUCUUUGAGAACGAGGAAGACGUGCGCCUGCUUUGUCGCUUUUCCAAGGGCAAUCUGACGCCUUUGUUAAAUCCUAGCCCAGAAGACAAAGAUGUAUUGUAGGAAACUAUGUUGAAGCUGCUCAAUGAUAUACAUUCGCAAGCUACUAUACGGAAUAUAGGUACACUUUUGCAAUUUUAUCUCGCAAAGAGGAUCGCAGCACCUGGGUUUAGUCGUUGAUGCUCAUUCCGUACGUCAAGUAUUGAGGAUUGCGUAUCAUGCAUUUUAGUGCAGGAGGCUGUGAUUCAGGGGCCGGUGCUCAGUUUAGGUUGUGUCGUUCUGUUA